UAGAAAAUCUCCAUGGUAUGUGCAGAGAAAAAUGGGACUUUCCAGUACAAAUGAGGGACUGCAGGUUGAGCUGUCAAAAUAGGGACUGUUCCUCUAAAAACGGGCAGUUGGGAGGUAUGACUUACCUCAGACCCUGGACCAGUGCUUCUCUUCACUGAAAGGUAACUGAUAAUCUAAUCAGGGUCAGACUGGGGCACCAGGAGAAAACCAGGAGGACCCUGACCAUCAACAGCCCCACACACCCAAGACUGCUGCCUUCCCAGGCCCCAACCAGAUAAUUUUAAUGUGAGCCUAAGGAACGAUUUUGGGGUAUGCCUGGCAGGAGGUAUGCAGUUGGGGUGGGUUACAGUAGGGUAGGGAGCAGGCCCGGACUGGCAAUCUGUGGGAUCUGGCAAAUGCCAGAGGGGCUGCUAUAAGGUGCCAUAGAAAGUCAGUAUUUAGUGGGCUGGUGGGGACUGUUUGGGCCUCUGUGUGGGCUGAUUGGGCCUCUGUGCACCUGAAAUGCCAGGGCCUAUUUUAAUUCUCUGUCCGGACCUGGUAGGGAGUUUGCAGAGGUGAGGGAGUUCACAACUGAGGUUGCAGCAGUGGGAAAGUUCAAGACUGUGAUGGUGGCGGUGGGUCCUUGUGGUGGAGAUACGAUGGGCCCUGGAUACCCCCAAAGUCCGGCACUGAAUCUAAUAGUAAUAAUACAUAUUAACCUCUUCGGCUGAAGAUAGUGACUUUUUUUGUUCUGUCCAUCGCACUAUAUAUUAUAGACAGUAAGCAUACAGUUUCUCCCAGUUAGCACAAACAACAGGGAGGUUGUGAAAAUCCACCACUUUCUAUUCAUUACUAUGGGAUAUCUGGAGGCACACGUAUCGAAUGGUGAAGUUUCACAUUCACCCAUGGAUAAAUACAACCAUAAAAAUCCCAUACAAAUGAAUAGAGAGCAGAUUGUGGCAAGUUCUGAUCAAUCGAUGAUAAAUAUGCCCCAUACUCUUCUAGGACGAUGGGGCAAUGGUGCUACAAUAGUCAAACUCUUAAGAAGAAAUAUCUUUCAUUUACUGUCAGAGAGAAGCAACAAUUCCUUCCUGAGCAAUUCACACUUAAGCCUUGUUGUAGAACUUGUAUCAGAAAAACAUAAUGUUUUUUUUUCUAUGGGAUAAAAGGUUCUGAGCUUUAGAUGUUGAAGCUUGAGAUAUUGACUUAAUAGAAAAUAAUAGAAAAUAACUGCCAAUUGCUUGACAGAUGGUGAUUCAAUCAGUUCUUUAAGGAAAUUUAGCACUCAAAGCCUCUUCUGAUGCUGCGUAUGAAUUUCAAAGGCUACAGUGUCUGAUUUCGGCUUUCUUACCCUGAGAUGCAAUGGAUUUUCAAGCAUUCCUGUCAAAAAGCCCAGGUUAUGAGAGGCUGGCCUUACACUAGAACUGACUGGUGGAGGGGCAGGAGUUACUUGCAUUACAUUGCUGGAGAUGGGCUCCACAUCAGCUGAUGAAAGCCCUUUGGCAUGUGCCCAGAGUUCUCCUGGAAGGGUCUCACCACUGGCAAGCCCAGCAGUGGACAAUACAUCCCCAUCUCUUUUCUCAGACAAGGAAGACAGUGAUUGUUCUACUGUAAUAACGGACAGAAGAAACGAAAUAGAUGCCAGAUCUUCCUAUGGAGAGAGUCCCAUACCUUCAGCACAGGUGUGUGGGUGCUCAGAAUCACUUCAGAAUACUGAGCGGAAUGCUGCAGAGGAUCAAAGGCCAGAGGCUGGCUCCAGCUGUUUUUAUCCAAAUGCUGACUCAGAGGGAUCAGAAGAGGAAGAAGAGAUUUCUUACACCUCAGAGCAGCCCCUACUGGAGAUCAGCAACUCGCCCACUAUGAGCAGUGCUAGUGAAAAUUAUGGAAGCACUAUGGAAUGUGCUCAGAAGAUAGAUUCCAUAGAGGACUUCAUUCCAGAAGAAUUCUCUGAAAAAGGAGCAGCUACUUGUCUUUCCCUUGAACAAAGCAGUAAUAUUCAGCUAUUGAAACAAAAAGGCGAAGUAACUUCUGCCAGGAAGAGACAUCUUGACCCCUUGAGGCCACAGACACCCUACACAAUGGCUGCUGUAGCUACAUUUAUAUGGAAACACAUGGAUGGUUCAAGAUUCAGAUAUCAGUAUUCACCGCCACAUAGUGAGAUGGUACAAGCUAUACAUAAGCUCAGUUACUCGGAAGGAUUAAUCCAGUGGGCAAUGGAGUACCUCAGCCAGCAAGAUGAAAGAACUGGACAACAUAAACGCAAGAGAAUUCAGUAAAGAAAAAAAAAAAAACAACAACUUCCCAUUUAAGAAGCA